AGGAUCGGCUCUCGUCAUAAAUAUAGUCCUACCUUGUUUUUUUCCUAUUCAACAGUAACGUUCUGUGAUCUGCAACUUCAUGAUUUUGUGAACUUGUCGUAGAUGAGAGAAGAUGGAAAGUAUUAAAAGGCAAGGAACAGACCACGCCCACUUUCCGCUGUGAGUGCAUCAUUACAUUCUGCAAGCCUUAUGACAUUGGCUUGCUGUAUCCUUUCCAUAGCGCCUGUCACCAAAUUCGCUUUGUCCUGGAAAUAAAUGCAGCUCUGGCUAGACGAUUGUUUUUAUUAUUUCUUUUGACACUACGUCGAAUUAUCCAGCAGAUUUGGGAAAUAUCUGGAAGGAUAACUGCAUGACCGGUAUUCUCAAGAGCGCAUAUGGUCUUGUGUAUGGCGUUUCAGCAUAUUGACAUUUUUUAUUUCAAUCGUGAUGUUGUGAAACAUCGAGGUGUAUGAAUGUGCAACAGGCUCCUGCCAUAUUCAUGCGUUUUAUGGAGACGAUGGGGCAUCGAAAGGAGGUGUCCAAGUGCCCUACAUUUUUUUGUUGCUGAUGGAAUUCGUUUAUUCACAGACUUCAAUUUAUUCAUUCACAACCAGAGGGUUGUUCAAGGGAAUUUAAAAUGGCAACUCAAGUAACGGGGAGGAAAAGAGUUCCCAACCGAGAGAAACUAUCGGCGGAGGAUGAUGCUCUCAGUCAAAUAGCCCGAGAGGCAGAGGCCAGACUGGCAGCUAAACGGGCAGCCCGUGCAGAAGCUCGAGAAAUCCGAAUGAAGGAACUGGAGAGGCAACAGAAAGAGAUAUAUCAGGCACAAAAGAAAUACUAUGGGCUGGACAGCAAAUGGGGCCAUAUUGAACAGUGGAUGGAAGACAGUGAGCGGUAUUCUCGCCACACACGGAGACACACCUCGAUAUCAGAUGAUGAAGAAAGGAUGUCUCUUGGAAGUCGGGGCAGUUUGAGGGGCAACCACACAGAUCUCUGCAGUAGCACCAGCAGUCUGCCAUCAGCCAGACUACAAAAUGGACGGCCCUCUGCGUUUUUUAGUGAAAACCCCCGCUCAAGAAGUCACAGGGGCUCAUUGCAUGAAGAAAGUUCAUUUUCUGGUUCUAGGCGUUUCAGUGGCUCCAGCACAAGAGUUCCCUCAGACUACAACGGCUUCCUGGGCUCCAGUUCAAGGGCCUCAUCUAGGGCCAGUUCAGCUCGUGCCAGUCCUGUGGUGGAGGAAAGAUCAGACUUCCUAGAAAAGGGCUCCAGGACAGCCUCCACCCUCUCAGCUGCGACUCUUGCAUCCCUCGGUGGAGGGUCAUCACGAAGAGGGAGUUGUGAUACCUCAAUUUCAGCUGACACUGAGGCCUCCAUACGAGAAAUGAAGGACUCCCUAGUGGAGGUGGAGGAGAAGUACCGUAAGUCCAUGGUGUCCAAUGCUCAGCUGGACAAUGAGAAGACCAACCUCAUAUAUCAAGUGGACACCCUGAGAGAAACUCUUAUGGAGAUGGAGGAAAUACUGUGUGAGACACGCAGAGAGUGUGAGGAGAAAACCAGGGCACAUGAGCGAGAACAUCAUGUUCACAGUGUCCUGAAAGGCCAAUUCGAUGAGGUGAAGGAAACACUGAGGCAGAGUGAAGAGUUGUUGAUGAAAGCCCAAGAGUCACAUGGGAAGCAGGAAGAUUACAUUAAAGAGAUCUCUGAGCUGCAAGAAACAUUGGAGUGGAAAGAUAAAAGGAUCAGGGCCUUAGAGAGGCAGAAGGAGUAUUCAGACAUUUUCCAUGAUGAACGAGAAGCUCUCAGGGAUGAGGUUUACCGGCUUAGAGAUGCUCUAAAGAAACAUGGAAUAGUGCUGGGAUGUGAGGUGACAGCCAAUGGGGAGGUAGCACUCGAGGCGGUUGAUGGGCAUGCUGAUGCACAAUCAACCUCCCGAUUGAUUCAAGACGCUCCCAUGCUCACCAUGAGUGGAGAAAGCAUGUUAGAGAUCAGAUUGAGGAAGCUGGUGGAGGAAAGAGAGAGUUUGCUCGAACAGGUACAGAAGUUUAAAGCCCUUGCAGAGCAGAAACAGAAAAAUGGGACAGAGGAUGUGGGAUGCACAGACGAUGAUGAUCUACAGAACGGUUUAGAUCCUCAUAUACUAGAUUUGCAGAGAGAUGCAAAUCGACAGAUCAGUGACCUAAAAUUUAAGCUGGUCAAUUCUGAGCAGGAGGUCACAGCACUUGAGCAAAAUAUUCUUCGUCUAGAGGGUCAGGUGACUCGCUAUAAGACGGCCGCUGAGGCUGCAGAGAAAGUGGAAGAUGAACUUAAAGUAGAGAAACGCAAACUGCAGAGAGAGCUGAGAUCUGCACUUGACCGCGUAGAUGAGCUGGAAGCAACCAACAGCCACCUUACGAAGAGACUAGAGAAGAUGAAAGCCAAUCGGAGUGCCCUGUUGGCACAGCAGUGACGCCCACCUGUACCCACUUUGAUUACUGGGCAUGGUUCUUAUCAUAUUCAGCCCAGUCAUAUUCAUGCUAAUUCAGGCUUUGUAACAUUCUGAAAUAUGGCAGACAAGCCUAAAUGUCAAACUUUAAUUCAAGCAGCUUCCAAUUGGCUGCUUGUAAGAUUCUAAGCAGAUGACACAUCAAAGAUAUGUAAACUGGGGCUCAUCAAAGUGACCUUUGCAGAAUUUAGGUCCUUCAUGCACUUUUAAAACUUAUUGACAUGACCAGACUGCAUUGUCGACCUCAGAUCAAAGCACCCCAGGCAGACCACAGCUUUGGCAGCAUGUUGCUUUAGUAAAUCAGUGGAGUUGGACUUUGAUUUACCUUAUCGGAUUAUGCACUUUAUUCCAGCAUCAGUGUUCCACUUCUCUGUAUGAUUUGGAAAUGGUUAAAAUGUAUGUGGAUAUCAACAAUCAUUGGAGAAUGCUUGUGGUUGCAGGUUAAUCCCCAGGUAUUGUGUAGGUGAGAUAUACAAUGUAUGCUAUCACAUGCAGAAAUAGUCUUCUGGACAAAAAAGUUUUAUUUUUUUUGUGAGCCAUUUUAACAACAGACAUGUUCAUGGUAUGUGAUAUAUCACUUUGGAGUUGUACAUGCUGACUGUUUCAUGAAAAACUCAUGCUAUAGUUAUGUGUGUGUGUGUGUACAUAAGAUGUUAGUAUUUUUUGUUUAAAUGCAAUUGUUUUGUAACAUAUUGAAGAACAUACUUAUACAAUACAAUAAGAAGGAUCUUCAUAAGCUUUGAAAUAUUUCACUUGUUGUCCUGCUACUCAAUUUCCUGAACUUACAUUUCUUUUAUUGUUGAAAAAGUAUAGGUUCUGUUUCAGAUCAGAUUUUACAUUUAUUUAAGUAACGUUGGCCAAAAGAUAAAUGUACAUUUACCACUGACUAAAAAAGACACCGUCUGUUUCUUUCCAUGUAUUAAGACUGUAGAUAUACUGUAUGUGGUGGUCAGUUUAGUAAAAGCACAAUUUAGCAAAACACUAUUUCAUGUCAAGUACAGUCUCAGAUCAUGACGCAUAAAUAUAUAUAAUGGUCUGAAGGCUAAAUGGACAUUUGAGAAAACACCAGCCUUUAAAGAUAUGAUCCAUAAGUCUGUAAACACAACACACAUUUGGAAGUGCAGCUGGUUUUUAAAAAAGGCUGUUAUAGCACUUUCAAUCAUGGUCUGCCAUUGACAGAGUGUACCAUUAAUGCAUUUAAAGUUUAUAGAAAUUACAACAUUUUUUCAAGAAACAAAUGGAGUAUUAUUGCAAUAAUGUUUUUUCCCUGUGUAACUGACCAUUGCAUUUACACAAGAUGUUCACAUACACCAUUUUGAAAACUAUAGAAAGCUGAAAGCUGUGAUUGUCAUGAUGUUAUAUUUUCUGGGUAAACGGUUUAUCACAGGAUUUGAUAAUUGUGAGUUUACCUUGUGUCUCUCCCAGUGGUUGUGCAACCAUGUGAGACAAAGCACCACACCAUUUACACACUCACUGAAUACAAACAUGAGAUCUCAAGAGCGUAUAAAUUUGGAAUUAACAGACAUGACAGUAAAUUAUGACUUGGUUAACAGCUGUUUGGUAUGACAUGGCAUAGCAAGAAAUAAAUUCAUGCAAUAA